UAGAGUGGAUGCGCGCGACGGACGAUGUGGGUAGAUUUUACGAAGUGGAUAUAAUAUACCCGGAGGAUCUACACGACGCCCACAACGAUAUGCCGUUUUUGCCUCACGCCAGCAUUCCGCACGGGUCGACUGUCCGAAAGUUGAUGGUCACAUUUCUGCGGAAAGAACACUACGUGGUGCAUUAUAUGAAUUUAAAACAGGCCAUGACCCAUGGCGUCGUAGUCGAAAAGACGCACAGGGUGUUAGAGUUCCGACAAUCCCCAUGGCUGGCUCCGUACAUUAAUCUCAACACGGACUUGCGGAAGCAGGCGAAAAUUAAAUUUGAAGAAAAGUUUUUUAAGGAUUUAAAUAAUUCAGUGUACGGGAAAACUUUCGAGAAUAUGCGUUUACGAUUUGAUUUGGAGCUUGUAUCGUGUCCAGUCCGAAUGCGGAAACUGAUAAACCGCCCGACGUUCAAAUACUGCACGACUUACAAUGAAAAUCUUUCGGUCGUCACGCAGCAUAAUAAAGAAGUCGAUUUUUGUAAGCCGAUAUACAUAGGAUUUGCUGUACUGGAACUGAGUAAAGUUUUAAUGUACGGAUUUCAUUAUGACGUUAUGAAACGACAUUACGGAGAUAAGAUCGAGCUGCUUUAUACCGAUACUGGUACGUCUAUAUAA